CGCGAUCGGAGGCAUUUUAAUGUCAGAGGUCUAGCAGACACCAUGAAAUCUCUACAAGUUCUUCUAGUCGGCGCUGUUUUGACUCUACAGGUGUACAGUCAAAACUACAGACAAUCUGUAUACCAAAACAAUCACCUCUCAAAUCCCCAAUAUACCCAUCAACUACCACGAGCUUCUGGUUCAUGUCCAGAAAAGAAUGGCAGGUAUCCUACAAACAUGUGUGACAGUUAUAUAGAAUGCAACGAAGGAGUCCCAGAAGAAAAAGUUUGUCAAGACGGUCUUCUGUUCAAUGCUGCUGCGGGAGUGUUCGCCUUUCCUUGUCAAUACCCUAUCGAUGUGGACUGCUCAGGAAGAGAACAAACUCAUCCGGCACAACCAACUGACGAAUGCCCACACCAAUUCGGUUACUAUCGCAUGGGAGACCAAUCAGACUGCGGUAAGUUCAAGAAUUGUGUCGACGGGAGAGCCUACAUCUUCGACUGUCCUGAAGGUUUGGCCUUUAACGGAGAGACUUACAAAUGCGAUUGGCCUGAUCAAGUACCUUCCUGCAAUGCCGAAGCAUACUUGGGUUUCACCUGUCCACAAGACGCCAGUACCCUCGGCUUAGGUUUGGGUCAAGGAGAAUACAGAUCUUUUAGAUCAUCCCACGACUGUCAAAAAUAUUUCAUCUGCGUCGACGGUAAACCCAGGCUGUACAACUGCGGUAAAGGACGCGCUUUUAAUGAUUUGAUCAACGCCUGCGACGGUGUUGAGAAUGUCACCGGGUGUGCAGAUCCUACUACGAGUUACAAUAUACGGCUAGGGGGAGAUGAUAGAAGGGGGCAGACGUAUAGCAAUUAUUAUAAGGGAUAAUUUAGAUUUAUGGUAAAUUUGGUACUUUUGUGAUAAUGAAAUAAUAGUAUUGAGUAUA